AUGGAGAUGCAGAAGGUCUUCCCCAUUGCGCGGUCCGACUUUCAGGUGAUGGAGCAACAGUGCCAGGGUCGAGAGCGCGCCGACAUCGUUGGCGUGGUCACGCAGUUGGACUUGCCACCAACCAGCAAGCCCAAAGCGAAUCUCUGGCUGAAAGACUUGUCCGGCAAGGAAAUGCUGGUGAACGUGUGGGGCAGACGGCACGUGGAUCUGCUGACGAAUGUGCAACCAGGUCAGGUCAUCCAACUUGACAAUUGCGGCCUCAUCAAGCGAGAAGACUCCUCCCUGGAAGGAACGGCUGAACAUUUCCUUGACAAUGACAAGCACGGCUUUUCUGCGCUGCACGUGGACCCACCUGGCUUGCGGGCAGACAAGCUUCGCGAACUCGGCACAGACCAGGGCGACCGCAUUUCCAAGCCGUGGUGCCCGUCCUUGACUGGCGGCGGCAGGUUGACUUCCGACAUGGGGCCUUGUGUUGUCGCAUGUGCCGCAACCAUGAAUGCCUUCGGCUCGGCAAUGGAGCAAGGAGAAAAAGUCGAAGUGGCGAUGCACAGCAUUUGGCUGGUCAACGUGCUUGGAGAUCCGGUCUGCACCCCGUGUAGACACUGUCAGACCAAGAUUGAUGACGUCAGCGGCAAGUGCAAGCGUGCUGACACCAGUGGCUGCCAGACGGAGCCCGCAGAGGCUGCUCGCGUGCUGGCCACCGUGCACGUGGCGGAUUGGACGGGGCAGCUGGACAAUGUCCUGGUGGGAGGAGCGGAGCUCGCAGUGCUGGCCCGGGUCGCGGACGAGCAGGCGCUGGCCCAGUUGUUGCUUCGGGACAAGGGCCCGCAGGCGCUUUGCUUCAAGGGGCCCUUCGAUGCUCGCUUGGGUACUUCACAGCGGCUGGGGCAGCCCCGCGGCGCUUUGCUGCAGUCCUCGCAAGCUUCGCAGGCAUCCGCAAGUGCUCCGACGCAAUUUCAGAUCUUAGCAGCUCGUCCUUCCUUCGGAGAAGCUUACGAUGAGCGCGCGCGUCCCAUGGUCAAGAAGGUGACGCGCCUGGUAAAUGAAAUGAGGGAUGGCGCGGUCCUGCCUGUGCAGAGUCUGUUCUCAGACUUGUCCUGCUCGGACCUCGGGACCUUCUUCACGCGCGGUUCCGUGUUCGCGGAGUGCGUGACGCUGCUGGCCUUCGCCAAGGACGAGCCGUCCAUGGACGAGGUGGACACUGGCGGCGAGAAGCAUUUGGUCACCAAGCACCAGCAGGUCUUUUCGUACCCACACAUGGACGGCGCCCAGCCAUUCGCGAUCGAGGCCUUUUGUCACUUCACCAGCUGUCACCUCUUCAACAUGGCAGACGACCAACCACGGUUUUUGGUGGGACGCGUACUCAGGAACGAGGCCACGGACGCUGUGGUCUUGCACGUGGAGUGGAUGUCCCGGGCGACGGAGGCUCAAGUUCGCAACCUGGAGACAGAGCGCGCCAUGGUCUGGGACUUGCUCGCGGGGGAGCCGACGCUGCAGAGCAACAAGCGCCCGGCCACCAGUCUCAUCGAGGAGACGCCGACGAAGGUGAAGUGCGCAGCCUGGGACGUUGCCUGUGCGCCGGCGCCGGACACGGCGGAAGGCUCGCCCUGGACAGGUCAGUCAGCGCCUGCAGCGCCUGUGGGCAUGCGCACACUCUCGCAGCUCCUGCUAAAAAGACUGCGUGUCUCCCUGGACUGA